UGCCUCAGACACUGAAACAGCAACACAAAGGAGACGCUUCCACUCAUUCAUCAGUGAGGUCGAACUCUGAGCAGUGAAGAUGGAUUUGUUGUUUGUCUGCAGGAGCUUUAUUCAGCUAAUCUCAGCUGUGUUGCUGAUGUCAUCAUGGUGUGUUCAGGGUCUGCAUGUGGACAUAUCUCCCAGAAGGCCUCUUUUCAAGGUGGGCACACGUCAGCAGCUGGUUUGUUCAGUUCAGCAUUGUUUAACAGCGCCAAGCACCUCCUGGUCUUUGCCGGGGGACCGACCGCUGACCGCCUCCGUCAGCAGCAGCAGCACUCACUCCGUCGUGACCUUUGACCCUGUGAUGACGGAGCAUGAAGGAUUGUGGCAGUGUAAAGUCAGCUGUGGAGAAGAAAGCAGACACAUCAAAACCUCAGUGAAGGUUUACUCCUUCCCGUCAGCCCCUACAAUCUCAGGUCAGGACCAGCUGAGACUGGGAAAAGAGUCCGUUCUGACCUGCCAGGUAUUUAACAUAUACCCUCCGGAGGACCUAAACCUCACCUGGUUCAGAGGAGACAUCAUCCUGCAGAGUGCCAGGGGAGAUCCUGGAUCCAGCUCAGUCCAGUCUGACUACAGGUUCACACCUCUGAAACAAGACUCAGGAGGGAACAUCAGCUGCAGGGCCAUCCUGGAGCUGCUGGACCUACCAGCAGAGAACAGGUCCAGAGAGACUACCAUCCCCCUAAACCCCCUCUAUGCGCCUGUUGUCAUGGCAAUAACAGACUCUGUGGUGAUAAAGGACGGUUCUCCGGUCACUCUGACUUGUUUGGCGGAGGGAAACCCUGAGCCAAAUGUCACCUGGAGCUUCAGGACAGUGGAUGGCCAGUCUCUGUGGCAGGGCCAAGGCGGUCAGCUUGUCUUCAGGGCAGUGAGACUGUCUGAAGCCGGACAGUAUGAGUGUCAGGCCCACAACACAGAAGGAAAUGACACCACCACUGUGAACAUCACGGUACAUGCUCCACCCACUAACACCUCCCUGUCCCUGAGUCCAGAUGAGGAGGUGGUAGAGGGUCAACAGGUGACGUUUACCUGUCGCUCAGAUGGAGCUCCUCGACCCAUGUUGGUGCUAAGGAGGAAUGGGGCAGAGCUUCAGAGAUCUGACCCAGCCUCCUCAUCCUCACUGACCUUCAGCCUCUCUUCCGCCCUGCUGGAAGACUCCGCUGUCUACCAUUGUGAAGCCUCCAACCAGUACGGAUCCCAGCUGGUAUCCAGCUCCAUCACUGUUAGAGCUCACCCCCUAGAGGUGGAAGCAAGUCCUCAGGUGUCAGCAGAGCGAGGUUCUUCUCUGAUUCUUACAUGUAAGGCCUCCGGAUGUCUUCACCCUCCUGCCCUCACCUGGAGGAAGACAGACCAGGACCAGAGUGUCCUCAAGAAGACGCAACAACAGGACGGACUGUCUCUACUCCACCUGCAGGACCUGGACCUCCAGGAUCAGGGAGAAUACAGCUGUGAGGCCAAGUGUGACUCCGUCAUGAGAACCAGAAACAUCCAGGUCCACAUUUACUCAUUUCCGUCUGAACCAGUUCUGGAGGAUCCUGGUCCUGUGCUGCUGGGCCAGGAGGCAGACUUUCACUGUGAUGUCCUCAGUGUCUUCUCACCCAAUCAGCUGAGGAUCCAGUGGUUGUCGGGGAACACGACGCUGAUGUCGGAAUCAUUUACAUUCUCUGGUUCCUUACAGAACAUCUCAUCCAUUCUGCACCACCAGAUUGAGGUGGAUCAGCAGGUCCUGACCUGCAGAAUAGAGCUGCUGACGGAAGAUGGAGACAUGUGGAGGUCCAGGAGGACAAGUAUCCCUCUGCAGGUCCACUAUCCUCCAAAGACAACCCUCCUGUCACUGAGUCCAAGUGAGGAUGUGGUAGAGGGUCAACAGGUGACAUUUACCUGUUGCUCAGAUGGAGCUCCUCCCCCCAUACUGGUGCUAAGAAGGAAUGGGGCGGAGCUUCAGAGAUCUGACCCAGCCUCCUCAUCCUUACUGACCUUCAGCCUCUCUUCCGCCCUGCUGGAAGACUCUGCAGUCUACCAGUGUGAAGCCUCCAACCAGUAUGGAUCCCAGCUGAUGUCCAGCUCCAUCACUGUUAGAGCUCCUCCAAGGAACACCACAGUCCUCGUCCUGCCAUCUACGGUAGUACAGGAGGGACAAAAUGUUACAGUCUGCUGCCAAACCAUCAGCUUCCCGCCGUCAGCUGUAAUUCUAAAGAAGCUGACUAAUGGGACGGAGCUAUAUUCCAGCAAUGGCACUUUCCUGUUGGUCAACGUCACAGCCAGAGACUCUGGGCUGUACCAGGUCAACGUGACCAAUGACCUCGGAUACCAGGUCAAAGUCUUCAGCAUCAGCGUCAGAGAGAGAAGCAUUGCACUUCCUCCCCAUGUCAGCGUCAUUAUCAUCCCAGCCAUCUGCGUCACCACUGGGCUAGCAGCUUCUGCUCUGCUCCUCGACUACCUCAGGAGAUCCAGGAAGAAAGGCUUCUAUCAGUUGCCCCAGUCUGCUCCACCUUCAGCCUGAGGCUGACACUGAGCUAACAGACUCACUGACGUGAAUAACAAAUUCAAUUCAAGUUUUAAACUGUGACUGCUGCGUCUCUGAAGUUUUGGCUGCUCUCUCCCAAAAUUUGGCUACUGAAGUGCAACAUCUUAUUACAACAGGUGUUUGUGCUUCCUAAAAUAUGGCUUUGAUAUGCCAAGGUGUGAAUGUUAUGUCCCAAUAUGUGAGUACUGGCUUCCAUCAUAUGGCUGACCUCUACAUCCUGACCUGUCACACCACCUACCAAUAUAGGGCCACUAUGUCUUAACAGUUGGCUGCUAGGGUACAGCAUGUGGCUACCAUGUCCAAUAACCUGUAGCUUUUAUAUUCCAACUGGUGGCUAUCAGGUCCUAAGACAUAGCUACUGACUUUCAGUACUUGGCUUGUGUUGCAACCUGUCACUACCACCUUUGAAAAUGUGUCUCCCAGCUAUCAAGUUCCACUCUUUGAAAACCACAUCUUCACAAUUUGUGCUGCUAUUUCUGAUUAUGUGUCUACUAGGGUUACGCAGGGCCCUAACACAUCCCGUGGUUGCCACCUUGUGACAUAUGGCUAACUUAUCCUAACGUGUGACUUUAAUGUUGUCGUAUGUGGCUGCCACAUAAUAUCUCGUUGCAUAUGACUAACAACUGAGAAGAUGCAACUAUAAUCUUCCAACAUACGGCUGCAGAGCUAGUACUUGUGAAUGUGGGGCUAUUGCCUCUCAACAUGAGACUACCCUCACCAAACAUGCAGCUCCUCUCUCCUAAUAUGUUGCUACCACCUUCAAACAUAUGAAACAGUUCCAAAAUGUGACUUUAGUAUCUAUAUGACUGAUGCCUCGAUAUAUGACUAUUACUUGUCAAGAUUUGGUUACCAUGACUCCAAAAUGUGGUUCUGAUAAUCCAACAUAUGACUAAUACUUUCAACAUGUGGCUACCAUAUCACAAAUUACUAACAACAAUAUGUGGCCACCAUGUCUCUACAUGUGACUACCAAAUAUUAGCACCUGAAUGCAUCAUUCCAGCAAACACUGGUGUCCAAGCACAAUGUUACCACACUAACUUGUUUUCAUAAUAGUCCACCUCCUAAUACGUAGCUACCACAACCAAAAAUGUGCUUUUGAUGUUUAAACCUGUGGCUACAACCUUCCAAGAUGUUGCAGCAUCCUUGCAACAUGUGACUAUCAAACCCUGACAUUCAGUUGGGAUAUUCCAGUAUCUGACUGCCUCUCCUCAACAUGCGAGUUCAACAGUCCCACUGGGAAAAUAAUAGAGGAUAUGACCAAUUGCUCAAAUGAUAUGAGCCUUUGAAUUCAUUUUUUCACCAGAUUCUGUUGAAUCAGUGAGUCUGAGCUUUUUUCCCCAGUGAAAUGUCCCUUUAGCUACUCAGCCUGAUUAUCAAAGCUGAAAGAGAAAUGCUGCUCAGCUUUUUAACACUCAGCCUGUGACUCAUUUACUGCUUGUCCUGCCAUUGAUGGAAAAUAGACUAAUCUUCAGGUGACUGAUUUGGCUGAACUCAUUUAAAAGGUUUUUGUUGUGCUUCACUUUCAGUUUCCCUUAAUCUCUGUUGGUUUGGCACUGCGGCAUCUUCAGUGAUUAUAUAGAAAUAGGUUUUCUUGGGUUUUAUGUAUAUGUGUACAAUUUCUGUUGGCUUUUAUUAAAGAUAUUUAUUUCCUCACA